GAUCACCAACCAGUCUUCUGAGAAGAUUUGCAAGUUAGCAGUCUCACUCGCUUGAUAUAUCUACUAACUCGAAGUAUUCAGGACUAUAGCUGUCGCAUCUCAAGACAUCAACCUUCAAAUGACUGACGCAUAUAACGCACCCCACCCGAAAGAAGGCAAACGCACUCGCGUACAACUAUCCUGUACAGCAUGUAGAGCACGCAAGUUGAAAUGCUGUCGCACUCACCCGUGCACCAACUGCAGAAAACGCGGCGAGGCCAGCUCCUGCACUUUCGUCGGCCGCGGACCGCGGGGGAAGACGCAGGGGCGGGCGAGUCCCACUCAUGUUCAGGAUCGCUUGCAGCACUUGGAGAACUUGAUCUUGUCACUUACGCAGCAGCGACAAUUAGAGCAGGCUGGGGGCGAGCAACAAAAUGCUGGAGGGAUCGAGCGGGAAGAGGUGAACUUCAAUAGUCUGGAAUCGAACCAUGCAGGUAAUGUCCCUUUCGUGGGGAGUGGAGGGCUUACCACUAGAGAGAAUGGGACCAAUGGGGACCAGCACACACCAUCUUCGGGACCGGGAUCAAGGUCACGUACCUUGACACCGGAAGAUUCUCCGUCAGACCCCCCUGGAAAGCUGGUGGCCCAGGAAGCGGAAACGAGGUAUAUUGAUGGGGCACAUUGGAGAGCUGUUCUAGAAGAGAUUAGCGAAGUUAGGGAGUAUCUGCGUGAGCAAGAUGUGCCUUCCGAUGAUGAGCUUGUUCAUAAUGAUACGACGAACGCGACCUCACCGAUCUUGUUGCUGGGAUUGCACAAAACCCUCAAGAAAGAGGAGCUGCUGGCACAGAUACCGCCGCGGUCGGUAACCGAUCGACUAGUUGCACGGUGGCUCAGUACAAAAGAGCCUGUUAUUGCUAUUAUUCACAUCCCAACAUUUCAGAAGGAGUACAAUCGAUUCUGGGACAAUCCUAAGGACGUAUCUCUGUCGUGGCUUGCUAUGUUAUCGGCCUCCAUCACAAUGACAUUUGCUUUCCAUCAACGCGCCGGAGAUAUGGUGCCACUGUCGUUCGAAAACCCCGCUGAGACUCAGAAUUCAUUGCGUAAGCUCACAGCCCAGUGUCUCGCUCAGGCAAACUAUACCGUGCCUGCAAGGUACAAAGUCGAGGCGCUUUUCCUGUACACCAUGUGUGAGUUCUUCCAAAGCGACGACGCGCAAGUCGGUGUUUCUUUUCUCCUCGGCAUUACAAUCCGCCUAGCCAUGCGAGCAGGCUAUCACCGAGACCCCAGGCACUUCCCCGACAUGUCAGCCUUUGACGGUGAGAUGCGUCGACGGGUUUGGACCAUUCUCUGCCAAUUAGACACUCUCAUUAGCUACCAGAUCGGUGUACCUAGAACCAUUCAGGACUGGCAGCAUGACGUAGACCUACCUCGCAAUUUAUCCGACGAGGAUUUCGACGAAAGCACCGAGGCACUACCCCCUUCUCGCCCUGAGCACGUGUUCACUCUGAUGUCGUCACUCGAUCUGGCUUACUCGCGCGAGCCCAUCACCUAUGACGAGACUCUGGCGCUCGAUCGACAUCUCGACGAGGCGCAUGAUCAAGUGCCUGCCACGUUCAAGAUGCGUCCGAUCAAUCAAUGCAUCGCGGACCCUUCGGACAUCAUCCUCCGGCGAUACACCGUAGAGCUUUUGUACCUGAAAUCGCGGUUGGUGCUGCAUCGGAGGUACCUGGGCGAAGAUCAUACCAACCUCCGCUAUGCCUACUCUCGGUGGGUGUGUAUGAGCUCCUCAAAGGCCAUUCUACGCUACCAAGCGGAUCUCUACCAUGAGACGCAGCCGGGGGGGCUGUUAUACCGGGAUCGACAUUUUCCCAGCGCGCUUCAAUAUGCGGACUACCUGCUUGCGGCGAUGAUUAUCUGUCUGGAGUUAUCGCAUAACCGCACAGGGGUAGCACCACCAGUCGGCGCAGGCACCAAUGACGACCUCGCAGUUGUGAUCAAGGGCCAAGAGGAAUUACUUUCCGCAUUGGAGAUGUCCCAUCAGAUUUUCGCUAAGAUGCGGCACCGGUCAACGGACGCGCAGCUGGGGUAUGCUGCGAUGACGAUCAUGCUUCGCCGGGUCAAGCAGCAGCAUCGGGAGCCGGAGGAAGACGACAAGCUAGGCAGCCCAACCCAACCCCCGGCAUACGGAAGCUGGCAGAUGGAGAGUGCAGACUCGCUAAACGCGCUGGAUCUUCAGCCGAUGGACGGGGUUACCCCGGGGCUCGCUUCAUUGGAUGUCAUUGAGGAAAUGUUGAACGCGCCAACAAAUAUGGAUUGGCGUCUGUGGGAUCUGCAGAUACAGGGCGUCGAGGGGCCGAAUGCAGGUAAUGCUUGGACACAACCAGGGAUGAACGAUGUACAAGCCGAUUAGCAGCGAUUUGCCGGUAUAUUUGGUAAGCGAGGCGGGACAAUAGUUACUAAACUACCAAAAGAAUACCUCUCUAUUGUCUUUGUUCCGAGUUGAUCUAGUAGUUAGUCCUUACCUAGGGCUGCUCCAAGCCUGACUCACAUCCUGUUGUUCAACCAAGGGCUCCAGCAUCUUGAAGAGGUCGAGCAAAACGUAACCUCCGAAAAGGGAAUCGGAC